CUGGUUUCCCCGCCGCCGAUAGGCCAGUAGAGGCAGAAGCCGCCGCUGUCAGUCAGCUGUGAGCCGUGUUAGCUAACCUCUCCGGCACGGCAGCUCGUCGCUGACAAGAAGAGGGGACAGAAGAAAGCACAUGAACAUCAUGGCCAGUGUUAACCAGAUAUCGGCAGUGGGCGAGGUUCUGGUGGACCCAGGAAUGGACCUGACGCGGCGCUUCAGAGCCUUGUUCACCCUGAGGAACCUGGGAGGUGCCGAGGCCAUUGAAUGGAUCAGCAAAGCAUUCAGCGAUGAGUCUGCCCUGCUGAAGCAUGAACUGGCUUACUGCCUGGGACAGAUGCAGGACACACACGCCAUACCAGUGCUCACCGCUGUGCUCAAAGACACACAGCAAGAACCCAUGGUCAGACAUGAAGCAGGGGAGGCUCUCGGUGCAAUUGGUGAUCCCGUGGUUCUGGACCUGCUGAAAGAGUAUAGUCAGGACCCUGUGAUCGAGGUGGCAGAGACGUGCCAGUUGGCCGUUCGUCGAUUGGAGUGGUUGCAAAACGGAGGAGAAGAGGGCGGAGCCACGGACAAGAACCCCUACAGCUCUGUAGACCCCGCCCCCCCAGCAGCGAGGAAGAGCGUCUCAGAGCUGCGGGCCAUCCUGCUGAAUGAAAGCCUGCCCCUGUUUGAACGCUACCGGGCCAUGUUCGCUCUGCGCAACCUCGGCACCGAGGAGUCCGUCCUCGCUCUGGGAGACGGACUGCAGUGCUCCAGCGCUCUGUUUCGGCAUGAGAUCGGCUACGUCCUGGGUCAGAUGCAGCACCCGGCGUCCAUCCCCGCCCUGCGCGCGGCUCUCGAGCGUCCCAACGAAAACCCCAUGGUCCGCCACGAGGCAGCCGAGGCUCUGGGCUCCAUUGGCAAGGACGAGUGUGUUGCUGUACUGCAGCGUUACCGUGGGGACGGGGAGCGCGUUGUCAAGGAGAGCUGCGUGGUUGCGUUAGACAUGCUGGAAUAUGAAAACAGCGACCAGUUCCAGUACGCUGACGGACUGGUCAGGCUACAGGGGUAAAAGUCAGAGUUCAGGAUUACAGUCGUAACUCCUGGACUCCUGUGGACUUUCACAAACAAAAAAACAGCCCUGCUUCUCAGCCACUGCGGGAAAUGUCUUAUUUUCACACUUGCAACUUCUCAACAUUACAUUUGAGAUUCUACAUGUUGUUUGUGCAGUUGAUCUCAAAGUAGGAUGCAGAGCUCCUUGUGGGGGUUUCAGGGGUUUCCCAGCUGAUGAGGAACAGUUUAAUAUCCCUAUAAUGGAACUCAUAUUCCCACUUUGGCAACGUCCACGAAUUCUAAUAGUAGUUUUCACUUGCACCACAGUAAUCACACUGUGUCUCACCAUGCAGACACAGCUACAGUUCAGCCCUAAAAACAGUAACAAAAAUCUGUCCUUGUGGAUUUCUGGGAUGAAAUCUAAUUCAAUAUGUAUCUGUGGUCCCGUGACCCAGCUGGAUCUCUGACAUGAGAACAUUUGAGAGGCACGAUGAAAACUGAUCAGCACAUAAACCACAAUACAGAUGUCUUUUACGUCCAAACCAGCGCAGCCAGUUGGUGGGCUGCUGGGACGUCAGCUGUGGACUGAGGGCUGGUGGCUGCAUGUCGGGGUCCCGUGGCUGUGUGCCUACCGCUCUGACUGCUGCCGUGUCUGGACUGUCCUGCUGAUCAGGCCUGAGCUCACUUCACAUUUUGUUGUUUCUGUUUGAUGUAGAACAGAGAUCAGCCAGUGUUUCUGGUGUCGAGAUACCAAAUGUAGGGGCAGCCAGCCCUCUAAACUGAGAUGGUUACCUUCAGAAUGUGAUUUGCUGCCGAAUACUGAUUGCCAGCUUACAACUGUAAUCAAUAACCCUCUCUACUAGAGUACUCAAACUCUAAUUUAAUGUGGUCAUUUUCAAUUGGUUUUGGAUCGCUUUAUCUUGAAAGUUAUGCGGUGGUGAAAGGAGCAACUGAAAUUUAUAAAAUGAAAUUUUACUUUGUGUUCAUUGUCUAAUAUGUAUUUGUUGAAAAAUGGUACCACUUUACAAUAAAUCUAUCCUUAUAAUGGAUUAUGAAUGGUUUAUAAUUAGGUUUAGCCUUUGUCGACAUAUGAAAACUGUGUUGUAAUGGUUUAAUUGUUAGUAAUGAUAAUUAGUAACCUAAUUCUCAACCAUUCCUAAACCCUUUUAAGGGUCUUAUUGUAAACUGGCACUGAAAAGUCUUAUCUGUAAUCUCUCCACUUCCUAAGUGCUUUUCCCCUCAGACGUGUUGCUGACCAGUCCUUGAAAUGAUCAGGUAUUUAUUCAUAAGCAUUAAACUGAUUGGUGCCUUUUCCACCAAUGAUAAGACACUCACAGUUUCUGUGAUGUGAUCAUGUGAUCUGUUGCAUCACAAGUGUGAUUUUGGCGCAGCCUGUCGAGGUGUGUGUGAGCUCUGUCAGCUCUAACUCUGUUACAACAAUAAACGGCUUGGAGGUCUUAUCCAUCACC